GGGGUCCCCAGAUGGGGCUGGACUACAACUCCCAUCAUCCCUGAGGCCUGGCCUGGCGAGCUGGGGGUGAUGGGAGUUGUAGUCCAGCCCCACCGGGGGCCCCCAGCUGGAGAAAGGCUGGUCCAGAUGCUGGACUGAUGACCCGGCGGGAAUGAAACGGAAGAGGAAGCCUUGGGGAGAAGCCCAGAAUCUCAGGCUUGGAAGGCACCCAAAGGACAUCUAGUCCAGCCCCUGCAAUGCAGGAAUCUCUGCUCAGCUCCCCAGUGCAGGCGGCCCUCCACCUUCUGCUCAGAAACCUCCAAGGAAGGAGAGGCCGCCAUCUCUCCUGGGGGUGACAGGGCCCAGCAGCUCUUCAGUUUUUCCAAAUGCUUUUCCAAAUGAAACGGAAAACUGCAGCCCAGACCUAAAUCGCAGAUCUGCAUCCCCCAGACUGAAGAGGAAGCCUCUCACUCUUCUUUCCGGUUGGCACUGCCUGCAUUUGGGCCUUCAAUAUUUCACCUUUGAGAAGCUCCUAUUUAUUUCAGUAUUUCAGAACAUAAGAUCUCACCCAUACCUCCUUAAGCCUUUUUUAAUUGGCCGCCUUAAAGUGAAUUCCUGACUACACUCAGCUUGCAUUUCCCUCUGUCUCAGGAAACCUCAAGAGGACAUGAUCACUUUCUCCCAAGUUUCCCAGUACUUCCACUUGCUUGAUCAGUUCCCAUCUGUUGUUGAGGACUAGGUCCAAGACAGAUGAUCCCCUUCUUGUUUCUUCCACCUUCUGGGUCAUGAAAUUGUCAGUGAGGCAAUUCUGCAUGGUCGCUUUCCUUAGACCAGGGCUAGACGCUUCCUUCUCUCUCUUCUUCCUUUUUUCCUGUUAAUGAAAGUUCAGAGUCGGGGCUGUGGUGCAGUCCAGCCCUGGCUCCUAGCAAGACUCAGCCACGCUUGCUCAGGAAACAUUUCUCUUCUCCUGACCAUGUAUCAGUCUGAUAACAGACCAAUAUGUUUGCUUUGUAGGCUUUGCUAGCACCUCUAAAUCGGACCAUCAGAACUUGGCAGAAAACGAAAGGAUUCCUUCCGAUCUCUUGGAGGCUUCAUGAGAGCCCAGAUGGAUGAGCAAGACUCAGCUGGCCCUGAAGCAGGAGGAGGCCCUGCCCUCCAAACUGGGAGCAGUGGGAGAUUAUGGGAAAACUCAGAGCAGAAGAUCCCAGGUGAGGAGGACACCCUCUGCUCAGAGGUGCAGAGCCAGCAGUUGAUGCAGUCCGGCUCUCAGGAGGCCAAAGGACCCCGAGAGGCUUGCGGCCGACUCCACCACCUCAACUGUCAGUGGCUGAAACCAGAAAGUCAUACAAAAGCUCAGAUGCUGGACCUGGUGAUCUUGGAGCAGUUCCUGGCUGUCCUUCCGCUGGAGAUGGAGAGCUGGGUGAGGGAAUGUGGAGCAGAGACCAGUUCCCAGGCUGUAGCCCUGGCUGAAGGUUUCCUCCUGAGUCAGGCGGAGGAGAGGAAGCAGGUGAGAGAGACUUUCCUCUGGAAACUCCCAAGGGGCUCCAAGCAAGACAGGGAGCCUUCCAAGAUGCUCUCCUAAUGGCUUGCCCUCUUUGGAGAAGCAAGGGAUGAGAUCUGCUCCCCUAGUUUGCUCUGAUCAUUCCUUUUCUAAUCCUUCUCCCCAUUCUCUGUUUUAAAUCCUUGUUACUCUUUCAGGAAAAGGGUCUCUUUGCGGAAAUGGGCCUGGAUUCCUGUGAGGCAGAAAAGACUCCGUUGGACGCCAGAGGGAGGCCACUGGGUAAGGAGGAACUCGUCUUUCUUCUCAUUCUGUGGAUCUUGAAACUAAUCUUUGGGUUCUGUUCAUCUUUAGGGGGGGAGGCACUUGGGGCCAAGAGCCCAAAGGGGGGGAAGAUAUAUUUUGACAGAACAAAAAUUUGAAAUGGGUACAAUGUCAAAAUGCACUCAACAAGCAAGACCUUUUCCAUGGCACAUCUAUGGCACUUAUCUCCAAGUGCCGAACCUCUAGUUACAGGUAGGUAACCGUGUUGGUCUGCCGUGGUUGGAAAAAGAAAAAAAAUUCCUUCCAGUAGCACCUUAGAGACCAACUAAGUUUGUUAUUGGUAUGAGCUUUCAUGUGCAUACACACUUCUUCAGAUACACUGAAACAGGCUUCUGAAAGAGACUUCUGUUUCAGUGUAUCUGAAGAAGUGAGAGACGCAGGAGCUGAUGGCUUCCCUUUGACUUUUGUCUCUCGCAGGUGACAGACGGAUGCCCCCCAGACCUCCUCAUCCAUCUUUUCAUGAGAACGGAGGAGAAGCAGCAGCUGUGGAAACAGAUCUGGUAUGGGGAAAGAGCUUUGUGGGGAAAGAGUCAGAGGAGUGGGGCAGCCAGGGAGCCUCUGGGCCGGAAAGAAUUUCUCCUCCUCUUGGCUUCUGUCAAAGCCUCUGUCCUGAACAAAGAUGGACAAUCCCAUUCAAGAAGGUUUAUGUGCUGACAGGAAUGAACAGCCAUCUCUCCUUAACUGGGCUUCGGAAUGUCACUAUUUUUAUGAUUUAUCAGUAGCUGCAGUUAUAUUUCUAUAUUGAUCUAAUCAGGCUUCUAAGCAGUUGUUCAAGCCAUAAAAAAACCAGUGGCCAGGAUUAAGUAGCCCCAUCAGCUGCUGGGGAUCCCCCCCCCCCCCGUGCCCCCAUGAGCUCCAUGAAGUUGGCUGUAGGGCACAGGGAGAGUCCCAUCGCCCCCCAAGCAGCACACAGCGGGAGUAGAGAAGGGAUCAUUCUGUCUGCCAAACAGGAAUGCUUCCACAGACAGAAUAAUUUGAAGAACACCAUGUGGAGUUCCACCCAUGCACACAAAGAUUUAUACCCAUUGUCAGAUGCUGCUGGUGGUUGCUCGUGAGUAACCAGUCAGGACUCUGACCUGUCUUUUACAGGUUUUAUUGUGCAAACUAUUUACAGUGCAGAUCUACAAAGUUCAUGUCCAUCUCAGUCACUUGCAGAAUCUGGGAGUGGCCCCUUCCGGCUUCUCCCCCAACAUAAGAACUUUGACACCCCAAGCCUCCUCCUCCCCUCCUUAUGUUUCACCCCCUGCGCAAGCUGGGCGACGGAAGUGGCGUGCGUCCCUCCUGGCCAGCCUGGCGAGGUGAGGCGCUGCUCCUCAGGAGUUUCGGAGGCUCUCUGUAGCCCAAUGGCCCCCCUGCCUCCCUCCCCUGUUCCGAUGGCAGUCCCCUGACACCCAUCAUUAAAAUGCACAAUAAAAGAAGACAAUUAAAAUGUUCAAGUAAGUGUCUAUAAUUAGAAUGUGCAGCAAAAUAAUCCCAUUAAAAGAACACAACAAUGAACGGACAGAAAACAAUCAAGCAAUGUGUAGUAGAGAAUCUUAUGCUGUCUCAGAAGAGGACCUUUUCCUUUUUCUUUUAGGGUCCUCUGUGCUUUGAAGAUGUCGCUGUGUAUUUCACAGAGGAGGAGUGGGCGUUGCUGGAUCCUGACCAGAGAGCUCUGCAUAAGGAAGUCAUGGAGGAGAAUCGUGCGAUUGUGGACUCUCUCAGU